CUGCGCUCAGCAUGCGGGGUUUCGGUCUUUGUGUGUCUUUUUCUACAGUUUGCGUUGAGGGCUUUCAGCCGCGUUUUGGCGACCUCUCCAAACGGUCCACCCCCUCACAAAGCCGGCCAGUGGCCUUCGUCCGUCGGGUGUGCGGCCGCCGUGGAGGGGGGCGCCACGGCUGGCGGCAUGGCGGAGAAAGCCGGAGGAGACGAGCCCCGCCGAAGGCUGUCGCUGUCAAAGAGCAAGACGAGAGGUCGGGUUAAAGCCGGGGGCUCUGCUGGGCCCGCCGCCAAAACGCCAAUCACGGCGUUCUUCAGCAGCCAGCCUCCCCCCAAGCUGGCCUGCCCCCUGUGCGGCCGCCUGGUGCCCAGGUUCGGGAUCAACGAGCACAUCGACCUGCAGUGUGAGAACUUUGAGAGGGGAGACCUCACUGUCCCCUCAGGAAGCAGCAGGGCUGCGUCCAGCUGUCUCCCAACGGCCACACAGCCGGACCAGGGGCCAGGGGAAGAGGGAGAGGAGACCAAGACCAGUCCCUACUUCAAGAGAAGGAGCUCUCAGCACGGACCGCGGGAGAUAAACAGCAAGACUGUGGUCAGGACUCUUGACCUGGGAAGUCUAGCCUGUAAGUUAUCCAGCAAAUGUCGGAAGCCUCCUGACAGGAGAGGCCCAGAGGCUGUGGACACGCAGGAGUCUGAGCCGGGCAGUGGCUCCCAAAAGGAGAAUGUUCAGAUGCAGACUGCCCAGGAUCAAAAAGAGUGUGUUCCAGUCCAGAGCACCAGUGUGGACGCCCCCGGGUCCGGGGGAGGCCCACCUGGUGUCAAAAAAGGACAGAAUCUGGAACGCAAAGAGUCCAAAUCAGAGGCUGUCCCAUCAGUGGCUUCACAGUUGGACUCGUCUUCCUCCAAACUGAAAAAGAGAAAAAAGGAGGUGACCUCUGGUGUGAGGCUAUCGGGUAUUUCUAAGAAGGCAAAAUGUGAGCCGAGCAGCAGGGAACCGGAGCAGAAGUCUGCAGAUGAGACAAGUCACACGGGCCAGCCUAAAACCGAGGCAUCCUCCUCUAGCUGGGGGCCAGCUUUCAAUUCAGAGGAGACUUGUGAGAUAAUGGUUAGCGGUGACACGGUGCCCGAAUGCGCCGGGAUCCCCCCCGGUGACCAGACCCCCCAGCCCCCUUCCCUUCCCUACUACCUUCGGAACUUCCGAACUGUUCUGCAGGCUGUGCUGGAGAAUGAGGAUGACAGGGCUCUGUUCAACCAGGAGGACAUGUCACGCAUACGUGCUUUUGAAGGGCUGUCAGUCAUGGCUCAGAAGCUCUACGUGAGGCUUUUUCAGAGGAAACUGAAAUGGCUCCAAGUGAAUAAACUGGAUUAUGGAGAGAUAAGCAGUGAUUUGCGAUCUGUUGCACAGGAGCUAUCUCUGAAUGGCUUUCUGCAAACAGAGAACGACCUUGAGGACGUGGCCGAGGCCCUGGACCUCCUGCCUGCCCCUGAGCUCAAAGCUCUGGCCAAAACCUUCCACCUGGGCAGUUCUGGGACUCAGAAGCAGCAGCUAUUGGACGGUCUUCUGCGCCUGAGCCGGCAGAAGUCUUUCUUCUCUCUUUCCUCCGCUCAGAACAACAUCGGAACAGUCAUCCUGAAACGGGCGAAGCAGCUCGCGGGUUCCUGCGUCCGUCUGAGCCGUGGCCCUCGCGCAGUCUUCUCUCGCACCCUGCUCCUCUUCUCUCUGACAGACACCAUGGAUGAAGAGGAGAUGGCGGCUGGAGGACAGGGCCAGCUUUAUACCAUCCUGCUGGUCAACUCGGGACGUCUGGCCUUCCCAAAAUACACGGUGCAGCGGGGGAGCAGAGUGUUCCAAGACAGAGAGGACCUCAUCAGGUUUGAAGCCGCCAUGCGUGCCCUGGUAGAGGUCACCUCAGCUAUGCAGAGUGGUCAGUGGGAGGCGGCCCUCCAUCUUUACUCUGCCGCAAAGAGCACCUGGGAGGAGCUGAGGAAAAGCCACGACCUGAGGCACCAGGAGGAGCUGCCGGUGUUCCUGCGCAGCUUCACCACAGGGUGGGCCUACACUCGUAUUCUGUCCAGAGGAGUGGAGAUCCUGCAGAGGCUCCGUCGCUAUGAGGAGGCAGUGGAGGAGCUACAGUCCUUACUACAGCAGUCGGUGUACUGUGCUGACAGCCGGGGCCGAUGGUGGGACAGGCUGGCACUGAACCUUCACCAGCAUCUCAAAAAACCAGAGCAAGCUAUCGGUGCUAUCAGAGAUGGGAUGUCCGACCCCCUGGUGCGCACAGGACACAAACUGUCCCUGCACCAGAGGGCUGUUAGGAUGAAAGAGUCUCCCAGCUGCAAGAAGUACCGACUACAACUCAGAGAACUGCCCACUUUUCAAGUGCAAGAUGUCAAACAUGUAACCAUUCGAGGACAACUGUUUCCUCAUGAGGGAGGCACGGGGAAGUCAAGGUUUCUCUUACAAGAAAAUGAAGGAGAGGAGUCUGCUCUCACCACUGUGAUAUGCUCUGUGGAGGAGCUGUCUUUGGCACAUUACCGACAGCAGGGCUUUGACCAAGGCAUCCACGGAGAAGGCUCGACGUUCUCAACCUUGUUUGGUCUUCUAAUGUGGGACAUCAUUUUUAUUGAGGGAGUUCCAGAUGUUUUCCGAAAUCCAUACCAGACGUGUCCACUGGAUCUUUACACUGACUGCUUUUAUGAGAACAGAAAGGAGGGGAUAGCGUCCCGGGUGCAGUUACUUCGUGAAGCGUCUAAGGAAACGCUGUGUGACAUGUUGGAAGAUGUCUGGAGCUCCCAGGAGGGGAGAAUGUGUUCACUGGUGAACUGGGAACGUUUCGCAUCUCUUCAACAGGCGCAGCUGGUGGAGGUGAAGGGGCCCAAUGAUCGUCUGUCCCAGAAACAGCAGAUCUGGCUGGAUGAGCUGCAGAAACUGGGGGCCGAUGUGGAGGACUGCACCCUUUUGCCGUAUUACUUCAAGCCAGUGAAAAUUGCGUCGUGUAAAAGCCGACAAGGGUGGCACACGCUCGAGUGCCGCAAGCUGACGCCGACGGGUCGUUUUCGCGUGUUGUCACGGUUUUUAUUGUGCGGGCUGAGUGGGUUUUGACACUACAGGAACCCUCUGAACAAGUACAUCCGGCACUAUGAAGGCCUGUCCUACAGCACAGAGCUUGUGCACAGCAAGCACCAGAGGGUCAAGAGGGCACUCUCUCACGAAGACAAGUUUCUUCAUUUAGAUUUCCAUGCCCAUGGAAGGCAUUUUAAUUUACGAAUGAAGAGGGACACCACCUUGUUUGCCCAAGAUUUGAAGGUGGAGGUCUCAGGAGAAGCGAUCCCAUACGAUACCUCUCACAUCUACACUGGAGAAAUCUAUGGUGAGAAGGGUACCCUAACUCACGGCUCCAUUGUGGAUGGUAAGUUUGAGGGCUUUAUACAAAGCUACCAUGGCACUUACUAUGUGGAGCCAUCUGAGAGAUACCUGGAGGGAAAAGACGUACCCUUCCACUCAGUCAUCUACCAUGAAGAUGAUAUACACUAUCCACACAAGUAUGGCCCAGAGGGAGGCUGUGCUGAUAGCUCCGUGUUCGAAAAAAUGAAGAAGUACCAAGCCUCUGCCAUGGAGCAUCCAGCCAAGGAGCUCCACACUGAGGCCGACUCCAAUGAACCUGUGCUGCUGAGGAAGAGGAGGAUGGCCCAGGCUGAGAAGAACACCUGCCAGCUUUUCAUUCAGACUGACCACCUCUUCUACAAGUACUACAAGACCCGAGAAGCCGUUAUAGCUCAGAUAUCCAGUCACGUCAAGGCCAUCGACGCUAUCUAUCAGGGCACAGACUUCGUUGGGAUCCGCAACAUCAGCUUCAUGGUGAAAAGGAUCCGGAUCAACACAACCAGUGACGAGAGGGACAGGUCCAACCCCUUCCGCUUUGCAAACAUCGGAGUGGAGAAGUUUCUGGAGCUGAACUCUGAGCAGAACCACGAUGACUACUGCCUGGCUUAUGUGUUCACCGACAGAGACUUCGAUGAUGGGGUGCUGGGAUUGGCCUGGGUGGGAGCCCCCUCAGGGAGCUCUGGAGGCAUCUGUGAAAAAAGCAAGCUGUACUCUGAUGGAAAAAAGAAGUCCCUGAACACGGGUAUAAUCACUGUGCAGAACUAUGCCUCCCACGUACCCCCAAAAGUCUCUCAUAUUACUUUUGCACAUGAAGUAGGACACAACUUUGGCUCACCGUGCACCCCAGGAGAGUCCAAAAGCCAAGACAUGAAGGAGAAGGGCAACUAUAUCAUGUAUGCAAGAGCCACAUCAGGAGACAAACUCAACAACAACAAGUUCUCCACCUGCAGCAUCCGCAACAUCAGCCAGGUGCUGGAGAAAAAGAGAGGCAACUGUUUUGUUGAGUCUGGCCAGCCCAUCUGCGGUAACGGCCUGGUGGAGCCUGGAGAGGAGUGCGACUGUGGCUACAGUGACCAGUGCAGGGAUCAGUGUUGCUAUGAUGCCAACCAGCCUGACAACAAGAAGUGUAAAUUAAAGCCCAACAAAGUCUGCAGCCCCAGUCAGGGUCCUUGCUGCACCCCCGAGUGCUCUUACAAGGGCCGCAACGAGAAGUGCAGAGAGGAGUCUGAGUGUGCUCACCAGGGCAUGUGCAACGGAGUCAGUCCCCAGUGCCCCACAUCUGAGCCCAAGGCCAACUUCACCGCCUGCCACGGGGAGACUCAAGUCUGCCUCAACGGGGGCUGCUCUGGUUCCAUCUGUGAGAAGUACGGGCUGGAGGCUUGCACCUGUGCCAGCCAGGAUGGCAAGGAUGAGACGGAGCUUUGUCACGUUUGCUGCAUGGAGAAAAUGAACCCCAACACGUGCAGCAGCACCGGGUCAGAGCGCCUGGCGCGCUUCUUCAAUAAGAAGGUGACCACGCUGCCGGCCGGCUCGCCAUGCAACGACUUCAAAGGCUACUGCGACGUGUUCAUGAAGUGCCGACUGGUGGAUGCAGACGGACCCCUCGCCAGGCUAAAGAAGGCCAUCUUCAACCCGGAGCUCUAUGAGAACAUUGCAGAGUGGAUUGUGGCUCAUUGGUGGGCGGUGCUGUUGAUGGGCAUAGCCCUCAUCAUGCUCAUGGCUGGUUUCAUUAAGAUCUGCAGUGUGCACACACCGAGCAGCAACCCCAAACUGCCCCCUCCCAAACCACUCCCAGGCACGUUGAAGAGGCGGCGAGCGCAGCAGCAUGCCAGCUCCCAGGUGCAGCACCAGUCCCAGCACCCGCACGCCGCCCACGCCGGCCACGCCGGCCAGCGGCAGGCCCGGGGCCAGCCCCAGCGGCAGGCCCAGCCCCAGAGGCACCACCGCCAGCCCAGGGAGAACUAUCAGAUGGGCCAGAUGAGACGCUGA